GAAGAAGUAGUCACUGAACCGUGUAUUUAGGAGUUAUGUCCCAGGUUAUCGCGCAAUGGGUCAGCACCUUUCUACUACAAGCUUUCGAUCCUCGUAGACAGCAACAGCCAUUUCGCCCAAGAUGCAGUGGAAAGCCCUCGCUCUUGCGCUCCUCGUCGAGCAUGGCUCCGGCCAAAUGUUGGAGAUGCUGCGUUUCAGUUGCUCGCAGCUCGUUGUCGACCGUUUGGAUCCUUUAGUUUCACCCGGCUCUAUCCCAUCACCGCAUCUUCACCAAAUCGUCGGAGGUAACUCCUUUAACGCCACCAUGGAGCCGAUAGCACACGACCUGCCCUCCUCAUCAACAUGCACCAGCUGUACUUUCUCGGAAGACUUUUCCAACUACUGGACGGCGGUUCUGUUUUUCAAAGCCCGCAACGGGACGUACAAGCGGGUUCCUCAAUUCGUCAGCGAAGGCCUCCGAGCCGACGGCGGCAUUACGAUUUAUUAUAUCCCGUCGACUGACGCCAAGGAAAAAGUUACCGCUUUUAAGCCCGGCUUCCGCAUGCUUGUUGGAGACGCCGCGUUACGCUCCCCAGGCGAGGCACGCAAGGUGUGCCAUCGCUGUAUGCCGGCGACAGGAGACAACAGCAACAUAAACUGCGGGGCUCCGGACAGCCAGGAAUUGCCUACGGGGUUCUGCGAAGGAGGUAUACGCUCAGUCAUCACCUUCCCGACCUGUUGGGAUGGGAAGAACCUGGAUAGCCCGGACCAUAAGAGCCAUGUUGCCUAUCCCAGCCCGGGAUCCGGUGACGUCGGUGUUGGCGCAUCUGGUACUUGCCCUGAAAGCCACCCCGUUAAGAUACCCCAAGUGAUGUUCGAGGUUAUGUGGGAUACCCGACCUUUUAACGACAAGAGCAUAUGGCCCGAGGAUGGCUCGCAGCCAUUCGUAUGGAGCACAAAUGACAAGGAUGGAUAUUCGCAGCACGGAGACUACGUCUUCGGUUGGAAAGAUGAUUCGCUCCAACGAGCCAUGGAUUCUCGAUGUAAUGGCGCCGUCUGCAAUCAGUUGAAGACCCAGUCCUCGGAGGAAGCAAUGAAGUGCACCAAGCCGCGUGUUGUCGAAGAGGAUGUUGACGGAUGGUUAACUGAAAUCCCGGGCAUGUCAAUGUAA